AUGGUGUCCCUGAGCGACUUCCAGCGGAUCGGAGUGGGCCUGGUCGGCUUCGGCCUCUUCUUCCUCCUCUUUGGGAUCCUCCUGUACUUUGACGCCGUGCUCCUGGCUUUUGGGAACCUCCUCUUCCUCUCCGGCUUGGUCUUCAUCAUCGGCUUCCGGAGGACCUUCACCUUCUUCUUCCAGCGGCCCAAGCUGAAGGGCACCAGCUUCUUCUUCGGGGGGCUCGUGGUGGUCCUGAUGCGCUGGCCAAUCCUGGGCAUGAUGCUGGAGGCCUACGGCUUCAUCUCCCUCUUCAA